CGGGGCGGCUUGGCUCCCGGCGGCCCGAGGAACAGCCGCGAGCCACUUGCUGGUGCCGCGGAGAGACCCACGGUCCCCGGCCCUUCGCCCAGAAGCCGAGGCGCCCGGAAGGGGCCCGCGAGCCGUGAACUGAGCAGGCGUCUCCGGGAGCACUUCUCCACAGCGGGGGCUUCCAUGGGAGCGAUUUCGCUCCCCCCCUGACCGCCCCGUCCUCCCAGCCGUCUCCGCCGCCGGAGCAUCCGCGCUGUGGGGCCGGGAGCCGCUGGGCUCCCCGCCCGCAGUCGGGAGUGUGAGGCUCGCACGGUCCCCGGCUGCUCGGCGCCUCGCAGGAGCCCGAGGGGGCGCGGGUCCGGGGCGCGGGCCGGCCGGGCGUGUUUGAUGGCUUCACUGAGAAGAGUCAAAGUGCUGCUGGUGUUGAACUUGAUCGCGGUGGCCGGCUUCGUGCUCUUCCUGGCCAAGUGCCGGCCCAUCGCGGUGCGCAGCGGAGACGCCUUCCACGAGAUUCGGCCGCGCGCCGAGGCGGCCAACCUUAGCGCGCACAGCGCCAGCCCCAUCCAAGAUGCGGUCUUGAAGCGCCUGUCGCUGCUCGAGGACAUCGUCUAUCGGCAACUGAACGGCUUAUCCAAAUCCCUUGGGCUCAUCGAAGGUUAUGGUGGGCGGGGCAAAGGGGGCCUUCCCGCUACCCUUUCCCCGGCUGAAGAAGAAAAAGCCAAAGGACCCCAUGAGAAGUAUGGCUACAAUUCCUACCUCAGUGAAAAAAUUUCACUGGAUCGUUCCAUUCCGGAUUAUCGUCCCACCAAGUGCAAGGAGCUGAAGUACUCCAAGGAGCUGCCCCAGAUCUCCAUCAUAUUCAUCUUCGUCAACGAGGCCCUGUCUGUGAUCCUGAGGUCAGUCCACAGCGCUGUCAACCACACGCCGACACACCUGCUGAAGGAGAUCAUCCUGGUGGAUGACAACAGUGACGAAGAGGAGCUGAAGGCCCCUUUGGAAGAAUACGUCCAGAAGCGCUACCCGGGGCUGGUGAAGGUGGUACGCAACCAAAAGAGAGAGGGCCUGAUCCGAGCUCGCAUCGAGGGCUGGAAGGCGGCCACUGGCCAGGUCACUGGCUUCUUUGACGCCCACGUGGAAUUCACCGCUGGCUGGGCCGAGCCAGUCCUAUCCCGAAUCCAGGAGAAUCGGAAGCGAGUGAUCCUCCCGUCCAUCGACAACAUCAAACAGGACACCUUCGAGGUGCAGCGCUACGAGAACUCGGCCCACGGCUACAGCUGGGAGCUGUGGUGCAUGUACAUCAGCCCCCCGAAAGACUGGUGGGACGCCGGAGACCCCUCUCUCCCCAUCAGGACACCGGCCAUGAUUGGCUGCUCCUUCGUGGUCAACAGGAAGUUCUUUGGUGAAAUCGGUCUCCUUGACCCCGGCAUGGAUGUGUAUGGAGGAGAAAACAUCGAACUCGGAAUCAAGGUGUGGCUCUGCGGGGGCAGCAUGGAGGUCCUGCCUUGCUCACGGGUGGCACACAUUGAGCGGAAGAAGAAGCCCUACAACAGCAACAUCGGUUUCUACACCAAGAGGAAUGCUCUCCGGGUUGCUGAGGUCUGGAUGGAUGAUUACAAGUCUCACGUGUACAUAGCCUGGAACCUGCCACUGGAGAAUCCAGGAAUUGACAUAGGUGAUGUCUCCGAAAGAAGAGCCUUGAGGAAAAGUUUAAAGUGUAAGAAUUUCCAGUGGUACCUGGACCACGUUUACCCAGAAAUGAGAAGAUACAAUAACACCAUUGCAUACGGGGAGCUGCGAAAUAACAAGGCUAAAGACGUCUGCUUGGACCAGGGGCCACUGGAGAACCACACAGCAAUACUGUACCCGUGCCAUGGCUGGGGACCCCAGCUCGCGCGCUACACCAAGGAGGGCUUCCUGCACUUGGGAGCCCUGGGUACCACCACGCUCCUCCCGGACACCCGCUGCCUGGUGGAUAACUCCAAGAGUCGGCUGCCCCAGCUGCUCGACUGUGACAAAGUCAAGAGCAGUCUGUACAAGCGCUGGAACUUCAUUCAGAAUGGAGCCAUCAUGAAUAAGGGCACGGGGCGCUGUCUCGAGGUGGAGAACCGGGGCCUGGCCGGCAUUGAUCUCCUCCUCCGCAGCUGCACAGGACAGAGGUGGACAAUUAAGAACUCGAUCAAGUAGCGGGGAGGAACGGGGGCGCCCCCGGAGCCUGGCCCCCGGGACAGGGUCUGCCCGUCCCCUGGCCCAGCCGCACUAGGGAAGAGACGGCACAGAGCCAGCAGGUGCUCGCCAGGCCCUCCGGGGCUUCUCCAGGGGCCCCACGUGGAGACUUGGUGUCCCCAUUCGGCACUCGGCUGCCGUGAGGCUCGGGCCCCCCUGGAGAAGCCCCCAACCCCUCUCUGGGAACCCAGGAGCCGCGUCUUCUGCAGCUUGGAUGUGGACCUCAUACCGUGGAGUGAACCCCCCAUAUCCUCCUCCUCAUCUCCCCAGCCACGGUCAGGACUGGGACAGGCAGGGGCCGCCCCUCCUCUUCUUCGUCCCUCGCGGCUGCCGCAGCUUGUGAACGCCACCCCAACCCUCAACAAGGUGGGGGGGGUGCUCAGCCACGUCCUGUCUCCCCCUCCUCAGAGGAGGCGGUGAGGCCCUGAGACUCAGUUUCCCUGGAGGUUGCUUCUGCCCUGAUGCCCAUUUACAGCUCAAGGCAGCCUCCACCCCAAACCUUCCCGGCAGACGGCUUUGGUGGCUACAGCCCUGGACUUUUCUGGACCCGCCCUAAGAUGGCCUGGGAGGGAAGAAUGCAUCUAGGUCCCAGGGUGCCAGGCUCUCCCGUCCCCGGGGCCGGCUGCUCUGCCUGAGUCUGCAGGGGGCCAGAGACAGGGAGAGGCCAUGCCCGUAGGGAGGUCGUGGCUGUGAGGGGCCACCCAGGCCAGUGGGGUUCUGCCCUCCGGGGACCAGGGAGCCCUGACUGAUGGAGGCCGCCACAGGAGCCUCCCCCCGGCAGCUUUAGGACUGAAGCCAGCACAGCAGGCUGGGGCCGGGACCCUGGAGAAUGCGCCAGGUCAUCUCAUCUCACCCCGUGCUCUGCUGGCCGAUGGGGGAGAAGGCAGUCGAUUCCUCUCUGAAGAGUAAUAAUUUUUUUCGAUUGCCCUCUGGUUAGGGUGCCCUUAUAAAUCAGAGUUAAUAUAUGGACGCGUGUGCAUGCCUGUGAGUGUGUGUGCCU